CUCUUCGUUGUAGCCAGCCAAAAUGUGAUAAAGAAGAUCAUAGGUUUGUGGCAUUGAUACCUUAUUACAGUAGGAGGUAGGUACCACCGUAAUAGCUGAUGUGUUCAUACGGUACUGGUAGCUAUCGAGCUACUCGUGGUGCAUGAACUCUCACAACGAGUGCUGUACGGUACGAAAACGCACUAAAACUGUACGACUAUCAAAAGAUUUCGAACCAGCAGUCCAAUAUUUUCAGUCGUGCUCCCAAUGUUUUGCAACGACCAUCGAUGACGCAAGUUUAAAAAAAUCGACGUUGGAAAUGCACGACACAUCAUUGAUCAAUCUGUUUUACUGCAUGAAAUCCGCAACCCCACUACGAACUGUACCGCUGCGAACAGAUCCGUUUGAAGUCGAAGCGUGUAGGUUACACAUGAUAUGAAACAAAACCUAGAAAACAGAAACGAGGAAAGUGCUGACAAUAACUAAAACAGACAAAUUCCUAUUGCAAACGCCCACAAUGACGGCUCUUAGGCUAACUUCUCUUUGUAUCGCAGCUGCAUUGGCUCCGAACGCCAACGCCUUUACAGUCGCACCUCCUCUUGUCAUCGACGUCCCGACUCCGUCGUUCUCCACUUCGUCAUCGGUGAUACAAACAUCCUCCUCGAAUUUGCCCUCUCAACUGCAGCUCUUGGACAAGGUCGGUUCGCUUACCGUUGCGGCAAGCGCUGCGACUGCUCCUGCGCCCGCCCCGGCUGCUGCAAAGCCUGCCAAGGCCGCCGCCCCAAUCAGCAUUGUUGACAUUUCCUACAACGGAAACGUUCCGAGGACCGAAGCCGACGAAUUCGUUGUUGUGAAAAACAACUCCAAGGACACCAUCGACGUCUCCGGAUACUUUAUUUACCCGGCAACAUCAGGCACGCAGGGUUCCACGUUUUAUUUCCCGAAGGGGAGCGCUAUCAAACCCAAUGCUUCCGUCAGAAUCUACACCAACGAGAUCCACAAAGAGACCGGCGGAUACUCCUGGUCUAGCGGAAAAGCUCUAUGGAAUAACAAUGGAGGACUGGCAGUUUUGAAGGAUAGCAAUGGAAAGAAACUCGGUGAAUACAAAUACGUUGCAUCCGACAAAUAGUCGGCUUAGAUACUGAAAAUUUCAUCCCGCUAAGACUGGUACUCUGCUUGCGAACCUCUAGAAGAAUAUAGUUGUGAUGCGUACAUUAAAAGAAAGCUGUAAAA